AUGGAAAUUUUAAGAAGUAGAGGAGAAAUUGUCUUAGCAACUACAUCAUCAGGUAUAGCUGCAACAUUGUUACCCAGUGGUAGGACUGCACACUCUCGAUAUAAGAUACCUAUUCAUAUUCAACUGAGUUCCAUUUGUGGUAUUCAAAAGAAAAAGGAUCUUGCAAAUCUCAUUAGAGUUGCUGCCGCAAUAAUUUGGGAUGAAGCACCAAUGACAAACAAAAAUUGUUUGGAAGCCUUAGGUCGAUCAUUACAAGACAUUUGUAGCAACAAUGCUCCAUUUGGUGGAAAAGUUCUGAUCAUGGGGGGAGACUUUUGUCAAGUUCUUCCUGUUGUAAGAAAAGGUACUAAGGCACAAAUGAUUUCAGCGUGUAUUGUUCAGUCUCAUUUAUGGAAUCAUGCCAAGAUUUUGUGUUUGCGUCAAAAUAUGCGAUCAUUGCAUGAUCAAGAGUUUGUAGAAUUUCUUAUUCGCAUUGGUGAUGGUGUUGAACCUACCAAACCAGAUGACAUGGUGAGGUUACCUUUACAUAUUGCAAUCUCAUGGGAAGGCGAACAUUCCAUACAAGUACUUAUCCAACAUAUUUUUCCUAAUUUAGAAUUGCAUGGUUGGGAUGCUCCAUAUAUGGUACAAAGAGCUAUUUUGACACCAACAAAUGAUGAUGUCCAGAAAUUGAAUGAUAUGAUUAUCGAUCAGUUUCCAGGAGAAGAACAUAAUUUGUUAUCGUUUGACGAGGUUGAAGGAGAUAAUUAUAAUUUAUACCAGCAAGAAUUCUUAAACUCAAUUGCACAAGGUAAUUUGCCACCACAUAUUCUAAAGAUAAAAAAGGGUGCACCAUUGAUGUUUACACCAACCCUGUAUUUACAUAUUAAAAGAAAGAAAAUAGUAUAG